GUAUGAACCAUAGAUAAGAGGCUCCGGCCCUUUAAAUGAUGCGUCCACACGUUUUCUAUGGCAGCUCGUCAGGGACACACCUCAUCCAUUUCCGCGGAAACGAAACUGCAUCAUGUGCUGGUAGAUGGAGCUGGUUUGAGCACUUUGGGGCUGCUGAAUCGAAACCAAUCGGGUUUGCUACAAUGUCUGUAGUAGUCCGGAGCGCGCUGGGCUGCGUUGUGGACGCGCACUCAUUCAUUGGUCGUUGUUGCAUCCGACUGGGAGAUAAUAAUCAGAAGUCACGCAUGAAGUGUAGCUUCAAAAAGCAAUGCUUUCAGGUUAUAGGAAGUCAUUAUAGUGUGAGUGCUGGCGCUGCUGCGGAGGUGGGAAACGCGGAUAUGUUGCAGAAAAUAGACAAAGCUUCAAAGAAAAGGAAACGAAAACACAGUGAACUCAACCAGGGGGAGAUUGAUUCUCAGGCCUUCCAUGAGAAGAUCAGGUCCGUUGUCCUUGAGGGAACCAAGUCCUUGGUGGAUUCUGCCCGACCUCUCGGAUAUCUAAACGGCGUGCCAGACGCAGUGAAAGAGCCUCUUCCCUCUCAGGAGUGCAGCCUCGCUGCUCUUUGUGAAAUGGCCAAAGAGCUUCCUCUAGUGGACGAGGAGGAGCAGGAGGAGUGCGUGCAGCUACUUGUUGCUGAAGAUGGCUCUGCGUCACAUGUUGACUUGUUCUCUCGGGUAACAGAGAACAGGGAGGACUGGGCUACGGCGGUCACACUGAUGGGAGAGGAAUAUGUAAUACCACCACACACUGCCUUCCUGCUGUCUGAUUUCACAAGAAUACAACCCCUAGUCCACUAUGGAAAAAGAUUUGACUUAAUAGUUAUGGACCCACCGUGGGAAAACAAGUCUGUGAAAAGGAGUCGCAGGUACAGUUCCUUGCCCUCGACCCAGCUGAAACGGCUCCCUAUACCAAAACUGGCAUCCCCCAACUGUUUAGUGGUCACCUGGGUCACGAACCGGCCCAGCCACCUGCGUUUUGUCCGUGAUGAGCUGUAUCCACACUGGGUAGAAGUUGUGGCCGAAUGGUUCUGGGUCAAGGUGACCACAUCUGGAGAGUUUGUGUUUCCACUAGAUUCACAUCAUAAGAAGCCAUAUGAAGUGCUGGUGCUGGGCCGAUAUCGCUCCACUGCAGAUAACGCCACAAGCUCUUCAGGGACAUCAGAGGUUCCCGUGGAGGACCAGCGUUUGAUUGUCAGCGUCCCAUCAGCUCUCCACUCCCAGAAGCCUUCACUCUCAGAGGUGUUGAAGCCCCACGUCGGAGCUGAAGCCGAGUGCUUGGAGCUGUUUGCCCGAAGUCUUCAACCUGGAUGGACCAGCUGGGGCAACGAAGUGCUCAAAUUUCAGCACACGAGCUAUUUCACCAUGACCCCUACAGACGAUGGAGCAGAGGUCCCUGAAGGCGACGCCGCAGACAAACCCACAGUCACACCGGUGUUAAGCUCACCUGGAGAAUCAUCAUCAUCUCCUCCUCCUCGUCGCUGUUCCACCACUGUGGACUAAUGAAAGACCAUUAGCACCUGUCACAUCAGUAUUUCUGUGUGUUUUCAAUUAGGAUUCAAUGCCAGAACACUUCUAUACAAGUUCCUUUUGAUCUGCCAUCUCGUGCCUGUGGGACCUUUGAUUUUCAAAGGAGGGUGGGGGGUCUGGGUACAUUUUUAAGGUAGUGAAUCACAAGGCUGAUGAUGCAUUUGGAGAGAUGAAAGUGCAUUUCUGUGCAGCUAUGUUUUUAACGUCCCACACUGCAUACAGAUAAACACUCUGAGUUUAUUUUUUUUUUGAGUAAUCUUUUGGCGCAAUAUGUGUCUUAAGGAUGAUCAAAGUAUUUCUAUUUUUAACUCAUUUUAUGCUCUUUUGAACUGAAUUUCAAAAUGUUUCCCGUUCCUAAUGAAAGAAACAGUUUCAUAUUGAAUGCGUUUGCUUGAAGCUGUCCUUUUACAGAACUUUUGUAAAUAAAGUUUUCACACCAUGCUGCUGCAUCACAUCAAGG